AUGAGCGGUUCUGAGUCCGGCUCGCUCGACUCGCAGUCAUUCUCAGACAAUGAAUCUGAGUCGGAGGCCGAGAGCGAGCCCGCGCCGCCUCCAAAGCCAGUUCCCAGAGUAAGAAGGCCCAUGGCUCGCGGCGCCGCCCAGACUGCGACUCAUACCGGAGCCUUUAGGCGGCCCAUGAAUGCAGCGCCUGUAGGUGAGAGGCCCGUCUUUGAAGCGCGAAAAGGCAUUGCUGCACUGCGCGUCGAAGCUCGCCGAGAAAUCCAGGCCCUCAUCGAACUGCUCCUGGCCAACGAUAUACAGUUGUUGCUCACCCACAGGCCGGAUGGCGCCGCCAGCGUCAACUUGAAGUUGGCGACGAUUGCGAGCCUGGUCAAGGCUGUGACUGUUCUCGAGCACAGCGAGGGCCGCGGCUGA